AUGCAACGCAAGAGGCAACACCCUCAUGCCGGCACAGCCGAGCCACUGUCUAUCUCCAAACGGCCGCGCUUUACCUCAUCGCAGCAAACCGACACGAAUUCAAAAGUCGAGAGCAAGCCUGUUUUUGCAGACAAUGAUAUCAUUUCAUCGCUAUCGGAUGAGAUCCUUCUACGCAUACUGUCUUUUUUGUCAAUCUCAGAUCUCCUGGGCAUAGCACCCGUAUCCCACCGCUUCCACCGCCUUUCCUCCGACUCGCAAUUAUGGCGGACGCUGUACUACCGCCGUUUCGUCCUGCCUCGCGCCUUGCGAAUACCUGGCUUCCGCAACGGAUCCGCUAGAGAAAGCACCCGAGUACAUUACUCUGCCAGGCGAACGGUCUGGGCCGACGGUGGCUGGGGCCGAACAGGGGGUUCUGGAGAGUUUGUGGACUGGAAGCGUCAGUACAAGCUGCGCCAUAACUGGGCCAGUGGGAAAGCCUCGGUUGAAGAGCUCAAAGUUGGAGAAGCCCCAUCAGCUUCCUCGGAGCCGCGGAAGACGUUUGCAAAAGUGGUGGAAGGCAUUGCCGUAACCGCCGACAGCUUCUCUGGCCUCCGGGCGUGGGAUCUAAAAACUAGAGAGCCCGUCGCCCAGAUUGGGUUCGGAGAGGGAUCAGACAAGACGAUACCAACUUGCCUUGCUGUAGACGACCAGUCAUUCGACAAAAAGACGCUCGAUGUCUUGGUCGGGUUCCUCGAUGGCAGUUUUGGCGCUUGGAGACUUGACCUAAAGGGUGGAAGGUUUCUGAGCCGGUACAGGCAUGAAAAGUCUAGCAAUGGUCGGCUGCUUGAGAUCGCCUACCGCCAUCCCUUUGUUUUGACGGCAACGGAAUCGGUUCUAAUAUCUUUAUACACCUUCGAGCGGCGGCCGCCGACUGGCAACUCAGUCAUCCAAAGAGAACAAAACGAGACAGCCGUUCCCGAAGAAAGCGAAACGGAUGCCGGCUCAGAAAGUGCAACUCUCCAGGAAUCCGAGAGUGAAGCGGAAGAACUUCCCUUUCUGGAGGCCGGAGCAAAGCGGAACAACAUACAGGCCUCAACCUCGCUGGUUGCCCCGAUCCUGCUGACAUCUCUCAAAUCGCACACAUCGCGAGCACCUUUGGCUCUUUCAAUUCGUCAAAUGGCUUCAUAUGUAAUCGCAUCUAUCGCCUACACAUUCUCUACGUUGGAGGGGUGGUCCAUCGGGAUCCAGGAUCUUCAGAUCCGGUCCCAGAGCGUAGGCGGCUUGACUUCGUCCUCGGUUGUGUCAACUCGGUUGGCCUUCGCUGAACCUGUCAAGGCUUCAGGAUCAGCCUCAGCCUCCUCAACGCCCUCGGUAGAUUCCCAGCACCCCCAUCUUUUAGCUCGGAAUUUCGAUGGCCCAAAGACACUAUGUUACAGCCACCCGUAUCUCCUCGCCGCGAUGGCUGAUAACACCCUGAUCCUCCAUGUUUGUACAUCAACUGCGACUACGCUUAAUGUAUCCCCAGGCAUCCGCUUGUGGGGCCAUACGUCAGGCAUCAGCGACGCGGAAAUUACUGCGAGGGGCAAGGCUGUGAGUGUCAGCUGCCGGGGCGAGGAGAUCCGAGUUUGGGAGCUGGAAGGACGCGUCAGUGGUAAGAGCAUCGAGAUACGACCAAGUCCAACUGUAAACGAAACAGAAGUGACACCGGCUCGCUGGGACGACCGGCGCAAUUGGGUGGGUUUUGACGAUGAGAUGGUCAUUGUUCUGAAAGAAACCAAGGAUGGCAGAGAGAGCCUCGUGGUGUAUGACUUCUCAUGA